UUUAUUUUUGGUCUUAUCUUGCAGGGUCAUGGCUUGAAUGUGAUGACUUGAAAGGUUCUACUAGUUGUCGGCAUUCAGUUUUAAAUGUUCCUGCGCAUGAAAUUCACAUUGUCAUCUGGGAAAAGACUGACCUUGAAAAUCCAACACGAAGCAGCACCACACUUUCAUUUGGUGAUUCAACCUCUGCAUCUUUCCCAACCUUCACGAGCAAUGCCACUACCUCUGUAUCACAGCAACUCUGUGAAACAUCAUCUAACAGUCCUGUUCAGUUAAGUGCAGUCAAGAAACCAAUUUUCAGUGCACAUCCAGAGAUUAAACCUAAUGCAAACUGUGUAAAAGAAGGUGAACAAGGAACUUCAAGUAAUAACUUACUUUCGAGUUUGGAACAUCUGACAGAUGAUGCCGUGGUAACGCUGAAUCUUGUAGAAGCUAAAGUCGACAAUGAGCGGAAGCCAGUAGACAAUACACAAAUCGUACCAAGUGCUGAGCAAUAUGAUUUGCAGAAUAAGGAGAAAACUCUACAAAAUUCAUCUCUUGUGACUCAAGUGGCUGUUGGUCAUGAUGUAUCUGUACAACCUCGUACUGAUAUACAGUAUUCUAAGGACAUUUCCCAACAAAUAAACCAGGUAACAGUCAUUGAACCUGAUAUGCCUCAAAAAUACGUUUUAAAAUCCAAAGCAUCUUCAUGGCCAUCUAGAUCAUCGCAGCUACAAGGAAUUGAUGUAGCCGGUGCCUCGUCUGCUCUAUUACAAAAAGAUAAUGUAACAAGUUCAAAUUCCUCUCCUCCUCAAGAAAGAAAAACUGCAUCCGAUUGUUCAGAAAUGUCUAUACAGUUUAAGGCAAAAGUACAAAAGGAAGAUCACGCCAAAAUCCCAGUAUCUGAGAACUUGAAAACGUCAAAUAUAAAUGGGUCAUCAGCUGAUAUUUCCCAACCUCUAGCAGCUAAAAAAAGCUUUGCUGUAGGUUGGACAAGGAACUUGUUCAACCGCCACCUUUCAACGCUGGCAGGCAAUCAACCCAGAAUAUUGCCUCAGAAUGAGGUUAAGAAUGCUCACAAAGGCAAUGCUUCAUUGAAAAUCACUGAUCCAAAGUAUCCUGUAAAGGAGCGCUUUGAUGGGUUCAAGACCAAAUAUUUAUCAAAACGCACACAAAGCGCCAAAGAGUUAUCUGUCUCUCAAGAUUCAAAUAUUCCUACUGCUGCUUGUGUACAAAAUGACAACUAUUUGCCUCAAAAUCCUGGUAACAUGAUUGAGAACUGCAAAGUAUUGUUGCCUAAGACAAUCUCUUCCGGUAUCCAUACAUUAAACAAAACAUUUCUUAAUAAUUCAUCAAAAUGUACUCACCCCUUAAAAUCUGAAACAGGUACUUGUAUUUUGAAGAAUCAGUGCUCCAGCUCAAACAAGCAAACACAACUGAAUUAUGCCAGCUCAAAAGCUCAUUGCCUUCGUCUCAAAUUGCUCAAAAAACUUCAAGACAAAAAAGACCAACUCAGUUCGCUUGAACAGCUCAUGAAGACUAAGCAGGAUGAAUUUGAUAGCGACUAUGCAAAUACUUCGAGUCUUGAAGGACAAUUAAAUGUUACAAAUAAUGGAAGCAUGUUGUAUGAUGAUGUAUUGAAUGAACUUUGGCGUGAGCUUGGUGUUGAAAAUGAUAAGUCUGUUUAUUCAGCCAGUUCAAGUGCUUCAUUGAAUAAUAGCCCAGGCCAUGAUGAAUUACUUGCCGAACUUUUCACCCCAGCUACAACCACUACUACAUCUAAUGACGUGCAAAGUAGUGACGCAUGGCUUUGUGGAAGAGCAGCAAACUGUAAAUUGAGUAAUGAGUGUAACAUAGCUCCAAGGACUGUUAAUGGUGAUCACAUAUCACCUGUUUCAACUUUACAGGUGCAGAGCCGUAAAAUUGAAUCCAUUGGUAACUGUGAAUCAGUUUAUGAGAGUCCCACAAAGGAGGAAAUGUUGGUAGAUUUAUUGUCCACAUCCACACUGAACUCUUUAACAGGAGAUCACGAUGAAUUACCUAACUUUGAUGAAAAUCUUUUUGAAAACUGUUAGGAAAUGGUCAUUUUGCUAAAGCAGUGAGGAAAUAUUGUCUCCUAUAAUUUAAAACUUAGAGUAAAUUGUGCCCAGUCUCUUGCAUGUUUAAAAAGGUAUUUUUAAAAUUUUGAGACAAAUGAAUGCAUUCUGUGAAUGUACGUACUUUGUUUUCAGGUAGUUUGUGGUAUUUGAAGGAUUUGUGAGGUUGUAAUGACACUACUGAAUAGAAUGUUGGUAAUGCAUGUUUAAUACAUGUUGCUAACUUCCCGUUAAGAAAAAGACUGAACCGAUGUUGUUCUUGACAAAUGGAGUUCAACUUUCUGUCAGUGCUUACCAUAUUUUUGUUAAACUUAAUUUGAAGUGCAAUUUGUUAACCCUUAUUCAUUGUAAACUACAAAUAUUUAAAUCAUUUACAAUGUUUAUAUUUCAAAUAUUUUGCUGAAACUUAUUACAGACAGGCUGAACAAAAUUGAAUAAAAUCAAAUUAACAGUUUAGUGAAAAGAAUAGACUAAGUUCAAUAGCAUGAAACAAUUGGUCUAUUGGAAUAACUCCAAGUCUGUAAUGCCGUCUAUAUGACAGCUAUAAUCCACUUCAGUUUGGAUUGUUGUUCCUGUCAUCUAAAUUUUGUUCAAUAGAUUGUCAUCUUGUACAUUUUCUGUAAUGUGUACUUUUGACUUAAAUGGAAAAAUGUAACAAGAAAUAUUUGCCACUUUGGAAUGUGGUUUAGAAUUGCUGAAAAUGAUAGUUCUUUCAGUUAACGUUGUGAAGGGAGCUAGACUUACAAUUAAAAUUAGCAUAUCAUGUAAAUAAGGGCGACUUUUUGAAAUAUAAAUUGGAUCACUAUUGUGAUAAGUUUUAAAAAGUCAAGAUGCUAGAGACACGCAGGCCAAUUAGGAUCUGUGGAGAGAAGAUUUUUCUUAAUCUUCCGGGCAGGAGCCUUCUUCAGGGUUCUGUCCAACACUUCAGCUGGUUUCUCCUCAUGGAUGGUGUUUUUUCAAGCUUUUUAAAAUUUAUUUCAGAGCUCUAAAGUUUGUAGUCCCUGAUUUAUUUCAUUUUGUAUGAUUCCAGUGUUGUUUCAUAGGUUUUGAAAGUUCAAUGUCGACAUUUGUGCUCAAAAGUUCUAAGAUGUGGAUAUAAUUUGUUCGGUGGUCACAAAGUUAAACUGAUUUAUUUAAGGGAUGUUUUGAUAUCUAAUAAAGUUUACUGUUCUUAAUGUUUGUGAAUUCUAAUAUAAGCCAUGCAUCUUAAACUGAGAAUUACACCCAGAAUAUUACUCAAGCCAGACCAUCAAUCCAAGACAAAGCAAAUAACCAUUUUAGUGAACUCUUAGUAACCCAGGGUACUUUGUAUUCUUUCCUUUGUGUAAAUUAUUUGUGUUGUACUUAGUUUGAGUUCCUCUGACUUUGAAAGUUACUAGCUGGUUGGUCAUUGUACUUCCAAUAAAAAUGUUAAGCUGGCCAUGCGACCAAACAAUAAACCUAUUGUAAUUUACCUAA